AUGGGUGAAUUAAACAAAGCUGUUGAAGUGAUUAAAGCAAUGGAAGUGGAAUACGGGAAGAUAACCAUUGAGGUUUUAGCUGCGGUGAAAGACUCAAACGAAAUUCAAAGCCGAUUGGCUAUUUGUUUACAACGAACUCAACGAAUCAUCGACGGCGUCACAGCACUACACUCAAAGCAACUGUACAUCAACCAACGAAACAAACAAAUCAAAGCCCAACAACAAAAAGUGAGGGAGGCACUUGUUGCGUUCAGAACACAUUUGACACCUCAAGAAGUCGAACACGUGAAAAAGCUUGAAGAGCUAUCUAAACAACUUGAGGAGUUUGCAAAGGCAAACACUGUCGAUGUCAAUGUCUCUGUUGAUAUCGAAGAAAGGUAUCUUAUUGAAUUGAAAGCGUCCCUCAAAACACAAAGGGAUUUCAUUAUUCAACUCCAGACGAAGGCUUGA